AUGGCGAGCGGGUUGCUGGUGGGCGGCGGUUUUGGGUCCGAAGCGAUGGCUCCAGAGCCGGAACGCACCAGCUGGGCGGCCGAGGAGGAGCCGGUGCACCUCGAGAAAGGUCUGUUUCAAGAUGGAGACUCAUGCAGUGAUUGUAGCAAUCAUGAUAAGCCAGGUACUACUUUACAAAGUUUCGUGCCAGAAGGGAAAACGCUUUUUCCAGAAAUUUUCCACACAAGUCAACUUUUGUUCUAUGAACGAUUCAGAGCCUAUCAGGAUUACAUUUUAGCUGAUUGCAAGGCCUCUGAAGUAAGGGAAUUCACAGCUGAGUUCUUGGAGAAGGUCCUUGAACCAUCUGGAUGGCGUGCAGUCUGGCACACUAAUGUGUUUGAGGUGCUGGUUGAGGUCAUGGAUGUGGACUUCUCAGCCCUGAGGGCAGUGGUGAGACUUGCUGAACCAUACCUCUGCGAAUCUCGAGUGAGCACAUUUACCAUGGAGUGCAUGAAAGGGCUCUUUGAGUUGAAGGAACACCGGCUACCCCUGCAGGAGCUGUGGGUGGUGUUUGAUGACUCAGGAGUGUUUGACCAGACUGCACUUGCAAUUGAGCACGUCAGGUUUUUCUACCAAAACAUUUGGAGGAGUUGGGAUGAAGAAGAGGAGGAUGAAUACGAUUAUUUUGUCAGAUGUGUUGAACCUCGAUUGAGAUUGCAUUAUGACAUUCUUGAAGACCGAGUUCCUUCAGGACUUAUUGCUGACUACCGCAAUUUGCUGUCUCAGUGUGAGGAGAGUUACAGGAAAUUUUUAAACCUAAGAAGCAGUUUGUCAAAUUGUGAUUCUGAUUCUGAGCAGGAAAACAUUUCCAUGGUAGAAGGUUUAAAAUUGUAUUCAGAAAUUGAACAGUUGAAACAAAAGCUAAAACUCAUUGAGAAUCCUUUGUUGAGAUAUGUGUUUGGUUACCAGAAGAAUUCUAAUAUCCAAGCAAAGGGUGCCCGUCCAAGUGGUCAGAAGGUCACCCAUGUGGUCUCCUGUACCAUGAUGACUGGGCUACUGCAGUCCUUGCUCAGGGACAGGCUUUGUCAGGAGCCUCAUAAGGAAGAAACAGAAAUUCAGUUCCAUAAUGAUCCGUUGUCUGCUAUAAAUGCCUGCUAUGAAGGCGACACUGUUAUUGUUUGUCCUGGCCAUUACGUGGUACACGGCACAUUCUCCAUGGCUGAUUCCAUUGAGCUGGAAGGAUAUGGUCUACCAGAUGACAUUGUAAUAGAAAAGAGGGGCAAAGGAGAUACUUUUGUGGAUUGUACAGGUGCAGAUAUCAAGAUCUCAAGCAUAAAAUUUGUUCAGCAUGAUGCUGUAGAAGGAAUCUUAAGUAUUCACCGUGGCAAGACUACAUUGGAAAACUGUGUACUGCAGUGUGAGACUACAGGUGUCACAGUACGGACAUCAGCAGAAUUGUUAAUGAAAAACUCGGAUUUAUAUGGCGCCAAGGGUGCUGGAAUAGAAAUAUAUCCUGGGAGUAAGUGCACCCUGAAUGACAAUGGGAUCCAUCAUUGCAAGGAAGGGAUACUCAUUAAGGACUUCUUAGAUGAGCAUUAUGACAUUCCCCAAAUAACCAUGAUGAAUAAUGUCAUACAUAAUAAUGAAGGUUAUGGUGUUGUCUUGGUGAAACCCACAAUUUUCUCUGACCUGCAAGAAAAUGCCCAAGAUGAAACUGAAGAAAAUAGAGCACUUAAAAUGCAGACAACUGGAGACACAGAUGCAGCUGAAAAAGUGGAUCUAGAAGAGCUGAUUCAAUGUGCAACUGGUAAAAUGGAGCCUUUUGUAAGAUCUGUCCUUUCUGAGGACGUUGAAGGCAAUUGUGAAAUUGUAAAUGAGCUAGUUGCUGCCUCCACGAAGAAAGGCCAGAUGAAGAAGAAAAGGCUGAGUGAACUGGGUAUCACACAAGCCGAUGACAACUUAAUGUCACAGGAGAUGUUUGUUUCUAUUGUGGGGAACCAGUUCAAAUGGAAUGGGAAAGGGAGCUUUGGCACAUUUCUUUUCUGACCACUAUAAUGUGAAUAGAUAUGAGAAUAUUGGAUUUUGCGCAUGCUGCCCUAAGAAUCACUGCUGCUAUCAUAGUUUGCUUCAGGCCUGUAUUUUAUAUUUGAUAUAUUUGAUUAGGUUUGAGUAAAAUACAGAUUUAUUUCUAUUUGCAGGUGUUGCACAUAAGACACUCCCCUUCAUAAAAAAGAUUGUAAAAACAUAAUAUAAAAAAUAUUUGGAGAUUUCUUAUCUAGAAAGUCUUGCUUUCUUACACAUAUAGUUCUCUCAUAUAAAACCUGUUAGUAACUUUAUAGUGUAAAUACACUUUAAUAUAGCACUUCGAAAAGAGGAGGGCAAGUCAGGAAUGUACAAUGAGUGCACAAAAAUGUGAUAGGUGUCAAAAGUGCAGUGUUCUUCUCAUAGUUGUCUUUUUAUCCCAAUUAUAGAAAAUCUGAUUUCCAAGCAGUAUUUCCUUGCCUUAAAAUAAAAGCUUUUAGGAUUGGGAAGUUAUCUGCCGAAUCAGACUUAUUAUUGAGAAUCUGAGUGGGAUGCAUUUUUAUGUUAAACCUUGCGAUCAUCAAAACGGUAACAGACAGCAUAGCAGGUUUGAAACAGAAAUGAAACGUGUUGUUCAGAGCCAAUGCAUGUAUAAAGCAUUUUCACUGUUGCUGAAUAUGAAUGAUUAAAAAGAAGGUACUUCCUUUAACCAUGACAGUAUUCUGAUCAAAUUUCUCACUUCUCUUCCAAAGUCAAGAUGAUUACCCAUAUAACUUGUAUUAGCUACAUGUUCUUGAUAUCAUAUUGUAAAACCAAGCUUUUAAAAAUAUUUAUAUUCUAAAAAAAGUAUA